GUAUGGAGCGGCUGGGGUCCUUGGCAAAAUGGAAAAUGUUCGACAACAUGCGGACCUGGGAAGAAAAAUAAGAAUAGGGUGCGAAGAAAACUCACGGUUCCGAACGGACCACCGACAUGCCCCGGUGAAUCAGUUGAGACAGAAUACGUAAAUUGCGACCAACCUCCUUGUUAUGGUUGUGCAUGGAGUGGAUGGGGUCCUUGGCAAAAUGGAAAAUGUUCAACAACAUGCGGACCUGGGAAGAAAUAUAAAAGUAGAGUGCGAAGAAAACUAACGGUUCCGAACGGACCACCGACAUGCCCCGGUGACUCUAUGAAACU